AUGUUGGAUAAAGGACUUCUUCAAUCAAUAUUUGGUUCGGAUUCAGCCUCAGCACCUUCAGGCUACCAGUUGAAUGAGGUAACAAAUUUGAGUUAUAUGCAAGAAGGUAUUUGUAGUUAUUUGGAGGACUAUUUAAUUAAGAAAUUGAAAAGAAAUGAUCCUAAAGUAAAGUUUAAGUCAUUAAGGUUGAUAAAGCAUCUCUGUGAGAAUGGAAAUCCAACUUUUAAAAUACUGGCACAACGCCAUGCAAAUCAAAUAAGAUUAUGCCAAAGUUAUAAGGGUCCAUUUGAUCCUGUAUAUGGGGAUACUCUAUCAGAAUUAGUUAGGGAAGAGGCAGUUCAAUGUUUAAAAUCCAUAUUUAGUAGUAAUAACAGAAUUGAUGGAAGUAUUAAAGUUGGUAAUCAAACUAAGGGACUUGGACAAAGAGCUAAUGAGCUUUCCAAUAGUAGUUAUAAAGAUAGAAUCCAUGGAUUUGGAAACCCAAACUUUAUUGAUAAAAUAGAGCAAGAUAGUGACUCAAUGGACAUUUCUCAGAUUGGAAGUUCUAUUGUAUACAAUGCAAAAAUAGGUCACUAUAAUCAAGUUGUUGACGAUCUUUCUGAGUUGGUACUGAAAGUACUGCCUAAUAAGUUAAUUAAUGGCAUUUCAAACUAUUAUGGAGGAAACUAUAAAGAUACAAUCAGACCUGUGAAUAAUAAUUAUCAGAAUAAACCUGCAUUUCGUCGGGAUUUUAGAGAUGGUUUCUUUAAUGAUGAAAUCUCAAGAGGAGUAACCAACUCUCAAAGCUAUCAAACUUCAACCUGUAAACAAGGAAACUUUACUGAAUCCAAAAUAGAAGAACAUAAAACUCAUUCAAAACCUACAGUAAUAGUGGAAAGUCAAAACGUUUCAAAUAGUAAUACAUUAGAGAUCCAUUUUGUUGAGAAUUACUGCUCAACAAAAGGACUAAUUCUGAAUCCCUCCAAUGAGCUUCUUCAAAAUAGCAUUAAAGAAAUCCAAAAAUUAGAUAUCCCCAUUGUUAUUAAGAUGCUACAUAACAAACUAAUUGAUCUAAGUAAUACUGGUUCCAAUUGUUUAAAGAAGGAUAAUGAAACUCAGAACAGUGGCAUUGAUUACCAAACUGAUAAUCAUUAUACUGAUAUUAAUGAACAACACAACUCUCCUUGUACUUCAAAUCAUUUAUUAAACUUAAAAUCAGAGGGUAACUUCAAAAUAAUUUAUAAAAUUCUGUGUCUCAUCCUUUCUAUGCUUGAAACAAACCAAAACACCAAAAAACACGUUAUUGAAUAUGUUAAUGACGACUUUACACACCUUCUUAAUCAAAUUUCAGCCACUAACAUUCAUUGUAGGAGGAAAGUCAAACAAAUUAUUGAAACCCUUGGUGCCGAUGCAUGUAUGCACGCCCCACACUGCCCGCCAGAAGUUGAGUUAACAAACAAUUUAAUAGAUUUUAGUACAGAAAAUAAAGUCUUUAAGUCCGAUGAAGAUUUCAAUUCAAUGAUUGAUUUGACAGAUUCAUUAUUAACGUUAUCACAUCAGACCCAGGAGAAUUCUGACAAAAAAAACAAUCUAUUUAAGAACUUAUCGAUCAAGAAUCACUCAAAUAAAAGUGGAGUGAUCAUAAAUUCGAAGAGGCAACAAAAGGACGAACAAACUAAAGAUUUUGGGUCAAAAAAAAAUGUGGAAAAGUCUCUAAUAGACUUGGGGAUAUUAUAG